AUAAGAUUCAAAGUCAUAUGGUCCUGCCAUUGACAAAUCACUAGCCAUACUAAAUCUAACGAGUGAUGACCAAGCAUAUGAAAAGGUUCAUUAUUAAAGUAUUAUUGAACAAGUAAAUCAAAAUCCCAUUUUGGCUGUUGUCUGAUUCCUUUCCUUCAAAUCUAUGACCAUGACUAAUCAUAUCGAUCAAAAAUUACACAACAGACACUAGUAAAUGACCAAUACAAAGACCCAAUAAUCCCUGUGCCUAUUUAGCGAAGCAGAGUUGUUGGGUUUUUGUGGACACUAUCGAGAUUCAUCUCUAUUUCAACGCUGGAAGAAUUCGUGGUCAUUGAAUUUUGCAUUUCUGUUUGUAUUGAUUUAUCAAAGGUGGGAUUUUUAUCUAUUCUUUGUCUUGAUCUAAAGAGAAUUGAGUAAUUGAUCCUUACUUUAAAGGAACUAGGUGGGAACAGUGAAGAAAAAAUACAUGUUCAGAUCCCACUUCUGACAAAGUUAACUCUUUUGUUCAUAAAAAAACAAGAGAGAUAGGUAUUGGAUUGUUAGAGAUUGGAGUUAAAAUGACUAAAGCUGUAAUUUUUCCGAUUAAACUGUGUUAUAGGACAGUUUGGAAUCAUCCAUUCCUUGUGUGUAUGCUGUGUUUCUUGGCAUUUUUGUACACAUCAUUUCCUUUUGUAUUUUCCCUAUUGGUGACUGUAUCUCCUGUUCUUGUUUGCACUGCUCUUCUGCUUGGAACUUUGCUAAGUUAUGGUCACCCUAACAUACCCCAAUUUGAAAUGGAAGAAGAUACAGCUGAUGGUAUAGUGCCUCUGAAAACUGGGUUGUCACGAGAUGUUAGUCGUGUUGAGAGUGAUAAUAGAUAUACUGAUCAAGAGAGGGAUAAAGUAGACCAGUCAACUGAUAAAUCUAGCUUGCUUAGUGAGGUUCAUAGAGGUCAAAGAUUUGGCGAUCAUUCUCCUCUAGUUGAUGGAGUUUCUCGGGUGGCAAGGGAGUUUGAUGAGCAGAAGAAUGAAGAUAAAAUUGGUGAUGAGGAUCUUAUGGAGAAUCAGUACUCUCCCACCUCGAAGGCUGAUGAUGAGAGUGUUGAAUUUGAUAAUGACAAAUCAGUUGAUUCCUUUGAUUCUAGAAGGGUUAACCUUGAUUCUCCUCCUGGUUCACCUUGGAAACAUAGGGAGGAGGAAUACAGCGAGGCCUUAGAUUCAGGGUCUGAUCGAGCAGAGAGCUCUUCUCCGGAUGCUUCAAUAGCUGAUAUUAUGCCAAUGCUUGAUGAGUUGCAUCCACUUUUAGAUGAAGACAAUCCUCAACCUGUCAAUAUUUCGCAUGAUGUUUCUCAUGCUGCUUCAGAGAGUUCCAGCGAGUCCUCCGAGGGUGAUAAUGAAUCUGAUGAUGGUUCUGAAGACCAGGAAGAACUAGAAGCUGCAGAUGAUGAGAACGAAGACGAAGAAGAAACACGAGACAAAGAAGAUCCAAAGUCUGCUAUUACUUGGACGGAGGAGGAUGAGAAGAAUCUAAUGGACUUGGGAAGCUCUGAGCUAGAAAGGAAUCAACGAUUGGAGAGUCUUAUUGCAAGGAGAAGAUCAAGGAAGAACAUGAGUUUGAUAGAUGAGAAGAAUUUGAUAGACUUGGUAAGUGCUGAUUUUCCAUUAAACAUGCCUCCCAUUUCAACAGCAAGACAGAAGCCUUUUGAUCUUCCUAGUGAUAACUAUGACCUUGGACUGCCGCCUAUCCCUGGCUCUGCUCCAUCUAUUUUAUUACCAAGGCGGAACCCAUUUGAUCUUCCUUAUGACCCAAGUGAAGAGAAGCCCGAUCUUACAGGAGACAAUUUCCAACAAGAGUUUAUCACAUCUCAACCAAAAGAGCCAUUUUUUAGGAGGCAUGAAAGUUUUAGUGUUGGACCCUCAAUCUUUGGGCUGAACAAGCAAGACAAGAAAGAUAUACGCUUGAGACCUUAUUUUGUUCCUGAUGUCAUGGCUUCUGAAGGAACAAGUUAUUCUCCAUUUCAAAGGCAUCCUAGCGAUCUCAGUGAUUCUAAGGUAAGUUCUGUUCUUGAAACAGAGUCACAGGGUUCUAUUGAAGAUCUGGAAGACAAGAACCUCACUGAAGAAGAUGUAGAAGACAAGAACCUGAAUGAAGAACAUAUGUUCAAGGAGCCACAGCUGAUAUCUAAGAUAGAGAAUGCUGCUGAUGAUGUCGGACAUGGAAGCCAAUCCUCCGAAGAAGUAGAAUGUCUGGUCCUAGGUGCAGCUGAUAAGAGAGAUAUUGAACUCGAUGACACUGAUGUUAAAUUGCAGAAUGUGGAAAUUCAUCAUAAAGUGGGACCAGUUGUGUUCCAUGAAGAAGCAGCAGUCAGUUCCAUGGAACUUGAUCCGUCUAAAAUUAGUUCAAAGUCAGAAACUUCUGAACAAAAAUUUAGCAGUCAGUCAAGCUCCUCAUCAUCGUCAGAAGUAAGUGAAAGGACCUUUGCUGACAAAGAAGUAGCGAGAUUAAGUUCCGAGGAAGCGACGAGUCAUGUUGAAACCAUCUCUAGGCAACAUUCACCUAAUGGGUCAGAUCUGAACAUCUCAAGCAGUUCAGUGGACGAGAGCUUACAUUUGGAACCGAUUUAUGAUGCCAGUCCUCCUUCCAUCAAGAAAAACAUUUCUUCAUCCUCAAUUGCUUCAGAUCCGCUCCCAGAAUCUGAAAUGGAGCUUCCCCCUGAAUUGGUUAAAAGGACUGUUUCUUUUAUUGAGAGGGAACCUGUUGAAAAUAAUCGAGACAUUGAGAAGUCCAUUCCGACUAGUGAACGGAUUAUUUCAUCAGUGGAUUCCCAAGACUUGCGGCCGAGAGAGGAGGUAAUGGACAGAGAUGAUCUUGAUGUUGCAAAGUCGGAGAUAUCAAAACGUGAUGAAGUCUUUGACAGUGCAGGUGCUCCUCCAGUGCAUGUACGAGAUAGUCCGGCAUCUAUUGACUUAAAAUCAUCCAAAAAAGAGCCACCUGUUUCCCCAGUUGAGUCAAUUGAGAAUGCAGGCACCACGGAAAGCUUGAAUGUGUCAAAAAUCCAAGAAGUUCCUCCUAUUAUCAGCUCUCCCAGGGAUCCUGAGUCUGUUCUUAAGCCACCUAAUACGAAGGUGGCAAAUGAAGAAUCAGAGAGUUCGAGAAAUGGAUCAGUGCCUAAAGUGACAAGUUUGAAAGACGACCAUGAGAUGGGAUUACCAACUGUUGAACCAAGACCAACUGAAGAUGUUGAUUUGAUUCAUAAGCAUCUCCCUGAAGAGGAUGCUGAAAGACCCCUUGCAAGAGACUCCAAAGGCAAGGGAGCUUCUUCACAUUCACAGAGUGUGGGGACAGACUCAGCUACGAAACAAGUCGUGAAAAACCAUACAGAUAAACCAAACACGAGCUUUCAACGAGAAUCAGAAACUGAACCAAGUAAAGCCAGCUCAUCCAAGAAUUCUGAAUUAAGUCUUGAAGAAUUUGUUGUAUCUGAAAUAAGUGAAGCUGAUGUUGGAAAAGUAGAUCAUAAAGUUGUAAAACAAGACGAUAAGGCAACAACCACUGGAAAGUCAGAUCAUGUAGUUGAGUUGCCUCAAGAGACAGGUCUGGUUAAAGGUGAUGUUAAAGGCAAGAAAGAGAACCCCACAAGUGAGGCUCAAGUUCAAGUUCAAGCGACUCCGAAAGAGAAUGAGGAUAGCUAGUAUAUUGGGAGAGAGAGAGAGAGAGAGAGAGGAAUCCUUUGGGUAUUUUCUUUGAAACUUCUUUUUAUUUGUUAGUAAAUGAAUGAUUAGAUGUUCAAGUUGGUGUUUAGGUUAGGACUGCAAUAUUCUUUUUUCUUUAUUGGUUGUGCAUUGGUGAUGAACUGCUUCUCCUUCAAGAAUAAGUUUCUAAUUGAUUUCUUGAAGUAUUUUUCUUAGCAGUUCUGGAGAUUAUAUAUAAUUAGUGGGAGAAAAAGGGGUUAUUCCUUGUUACAGAUAAACAAUGUCUUUUUUGGCAUGUAAUAGUUAUUUUCUGUGGAAAAUAAUAGUGAGACCAAGUUCCUUUCUUUCUUC